AUGACUGCAAAGGUACGACGUCGGAUGGCAGCCAGGCUGUUCUGGGCUUGCAUUUUGACAACAAUAUUUUAUUUCGUUUUCCACCUUCGUGAUAGUACAGCAAGGGCCACUGACGGGGCCAUAUUAUCUCCUCUUUGGAAGCCAACCCCGGCUGCCAAGGACGCUACCGGCUCGGGAACAUCCUCAGGGUCAUCCACAAAAGCUGUACCUGACACAAUACCAAAGAAGUUGUGGUACAAAAUCGGACCUGCGGGCUUGAGGAAAGAUCUAAAGCCAUACGUAAAGUCCUGCCUUACAAAUCCAGGCUACGACUUUGAGUUCUUGACCGACACGUCGGGCGAUGAGUUUGUCAGAGAACAUUAUUCGUGGAAUCCAAAUAUAAUCAACACCUUCCUGUCCAUCACCAUUCCGAUUGUCAAGGCCGACCUCCUCCGGUAUCUCAUUCUCUACGAAGAGGGUGGCAUAUGGAACGAUUUGGACGUUUCGUGCGAAGCACCCAUCGAUGAAUGGAUCCCAGAACAGUACAAGCUUUCUGCUGCCACCGUGGUCGGGAUGGAAUUCGAUUCGGACAAAUGGUUGAGACAAAUCGCCAGCUGGACCAUCAUGGCCAAACCAAAGCAGCCGCACUUUUUAAUUGCAGUCGAAGAUUGCUUGGAAAGCAUUGAAGCCACUGCUAAAAAGCUUCAAAUCCCAAUAUCAGAUCUGAAGCGUAACCAGCUCGAUGAUGUUGUCGACCUAUCGGGUCCAAGACGGAUGACGAGAUCGAUUUACAAGAGCCUCAGCAAAUCACUCAAUAGAGAGGUUGGCAAUAACGACGUUGCUAAUGUGACGGAACCGAGGCUUCUGGGUGAUGUUUUGAUAAUGCCAGAUCACUCGUUUGCAGAUUCCAUGAACAUGUGGGUGGGGGAUAAGGUGCCAGGGCGGAAGCUCGUAGUGCAUCAUUAUGCAGGAUCAUGGAAAAAUGAGAAGGGGGGCGAGUAG